AUGGAUCCAAUCAAAUACUUGCUUGAAAAGCCCGCGUUAACUGGAAGAAUUGCCCGGUGGCAGAUGUUAUUAGCCGAGUACGACAUCCAAUAUCGUGCCCAAAAAGCUAUAAAAGGAAGUGUUUUACACGAUCAUUUGGCCUCCCAACCUAUUGAUGAUAAUCAAUCUUUACAAGAUGACUUCCUAGGUGAAGAAAUCAUGUAUUUGAAAACAAAAGAUUAUGAGGAACCUUUAAAUGGAGAAGGACCUGAUCCCGAAUCACGAUGGGGUUUGAUCUUUGAUAGAGCUGUUAAUGCUUAUGGUAGAGGAAUUGGGGCAAUCAUUGUUAUGCCACAAGGUUCUCAUGUAUCAUUCACUACAAGACUGAUGUUUGACUGCACCAACAAUAUGGCAGAGUACGAAGCUUCUAAAAUGGGACUAGAAGAAGCCAUUGAUCUUAUAAUCAAGAUUCUGGAUGUAGAUUAUGCUCGAAGACUGCUAACCUUCUUCAACAAAGUUGAAUUCCAUCACAUACCUCGUGAGAAAAAUCAAAUGGCAGAUGCAUUGGCUACUCUAGCUUCCAUGUUUCAAGUGAAGUUUCCAAAUGAAGCUCCUCAGAUUACAAUCAUGCGCCUGGAUAGGCCGACUCAUGUAUUCACUACUGAAGUUGUCACAGAUGACAAGUCGUGGUUUUAUGACAAAAACAAGAGUAGCCACCUGGGGCAUCUAGCAAAGACAAGAGAACUUUGA